AUGCCGGCUCCCUUUGCAUUUCCCGGUCACUAUUGGGUGUUUAUGGCCGCUUGGCAUCAAAGAUUGCUGACACCGACCGGCUCAGAUGAGGCCAGAGGCAAAUUUUUCAAGAUUGAGGCAACCGGCACAGCACCAGAGGGCGCCGCUUGGUCUCAGGAGCAGGUGCAUUUUCAGCAGGCCCGGGAGAAGUACGUCGAGCAACGUCGCCGCCGGCAUGAAGACAGCGAAGGACGCCUGCAUGGACGCAGGGGGAAAUGGUCCAAACGGCAAAAGGGUCGACGUAUAGAAGAAUCCAAGCGUGGCGAGUCGACACGCGAGUCGUUCACGCGGCAGACGCCAGAUGCAAUAUACGAUUUCCUUGCACGACACAGCACCGGUGAUGACGAAGUCGACGAUGCAGUGUAUGUGGAAGAGAAGAAGCGUCUCUUUAUCCGGGAUCCUCUUUUUGCGCACGAGGCGGCCGUGACUGGCCUUCCUUACAGUGCUACGGCCAGCGACGGCCGCCCAUUUGGUCAAACACAUGCGACUACUGCAGCGUCCAUCUUUGCUCGCGAGUUGCAGUUCAAGGGCGCCGUACCGGUUCUAAACGAGGCCAGUGGCAUGUUGAUUGAGGUUGAUAAUUUUAACCGCUUAACGCAACAUGCGUGGGCAACUCUUGGAACCAACCCGGAGCGGAGAAUGGCCCGGCCGUUCUCUGCGGCCAUAGGUCAGCCUCCGGUCCUGGCUGCGACAAAAAUCAGAGCGAUGUAUGUGCACGGCAACGAGCAACCUCCAGGCCUGGGCAUUGUCUAUACAGACUAUUCCACUGGCAACAAUAGCACGAUCAAGGGACAAUAUGUCAUGGUCGACGAGAACGAAAGCGUUGUGAGUUCCUGGCCAACGCGGUUCCCGUUCGGUAGAUAUGCCGCGCAUGAACGGACAUGCCCCGAAGGCAUACGGGCGACAGGUAUAACGACUAUUGGCUUCCACGAGGCCUCUCAAAACCUGAUUGUCACCUCUUGUACCCCACAUCUCCAGUGGGAAGCGCAGGCUCCUGUUCUGCAGUUUUUUAAGCCGGAUAUCAGAGACGAAACUUCGCUCUCCGACGAUGUCACCUGGCAACUCGGCCCAGACGGCCUCCCCAAUAUCAUAACGCCGACACGUUCACUGCCGUUGAAUACCAACAAACCAGUUUUCAAGAUCUUUGGCAAGCGUACUGUCGAUUCCGUGUACGCCUGUUCUCCGUCACCCCAAGGCCACGAUGCACUGUGCCUGGUUGGGACAGGAGAUGGCUUGCGCGCCAUUGACAUUGAGACCGUCACACGCCUUACCGACGUUAACGUGCGCUAUUUUAUACCUCAUCCUACAAACCACAAUGAUCGGGUACAUAUACCGAUAGACGGUGACGACAUACGCUGCUUCCCGCCAAAUGGGCUGUUCAUGCAUCGGCAAAGACUUCUGGGGACAGUCACUUCGAGCCAGAGGCGACCAGAACGAGUCCAACCAAGCCUAAUCACCUGCGUGGACUUUGUCAACAACCACCCGCGCCUUGCCGUGGCUGGCGGUCGUAACCCGGUACCGUGGCUUGUGGACUUGCGUGAGCCGUCCUGGCGCCCAUUUGGCACGAAUGCCAAUGCACUCGGCAAUAGCCCGAAUGCUGUCGCACACAUCCGCUCCGUUGGCGAAUACCACGUGGUUGCUGCUGGCCUGUGGAACGCCAUGGUCAUGUACGACUUGCGAUAUUUAAAGACGCCGAGAAGCAGCAGUGGCAGGACUUCACUUAUUGACGGAAAGCGUGCCGGAAGUCCCGCUGCUGAGCCAUUGUUCCGCUUCUCUGACUACUACAACCACGGCCGACUCAUGGGCAUUGGCUUCGACGUGGACACCGAUCUGGGCAUCGUUGCUGCCGCGGAAGAUCACCAGUCGACGGCCGCGGGACUCCAAGGCGGGAUGGGGCUCUUUUCCUUGUGGAAUGGCGAGCGUCUCCACGCGCCAGGUCUCUGGCGAGUGCAACACCACCCAAGCGAUAUUGACCGCGUCUACAGGCCCACGCCGGACAAUGUGAAUCAACGGUUGAGUUUGGUGCAGAGUAUUUCGAUGGAGGAAACGGAGGAAGCGCGAGCGCCCUUUACAGUUGUGGGUGACAGCGACGUCCACCCUGAUACCAGAGCCACAUGGGGUGGCGACAAGCACACACGUCCGCACAUUGCGGCGCUGCGCUUUUCUUCCCUGCCGCACGAAGGCACGAGUCUCUUUGUCGGUGUGGAUGCCCGGGUUCAGAAGUACUCGAUCCGCCGCGGUAGAGAGGACGUAUUUUACGGCGAGGAUGAAGAAGACAAGAGGACGACAUGA